AUGGGUAUCAAAGAGGAUGGCAUCUCCUUGGCUGGCUCGGUUGUCGGGGACAAGUCCGACACCCUUGGCUCUACUGCCUCGGGCAAGAAGAGAGGUGGAGGACAGAAGAAGCAGAUGCAAGCCAACAAAUCUGCUCUCCGAGCUCCUCGAGCUCUCUGCUGCCUCACCCUCAGUAACCCCAUCCGCAUGGCUGCCUUGGCCCUUGUUGAAUGGAAAUAUCCUUCAAUGAUACCUUUUGAUAUUUUCAUUCUACUUGCUAUCUUUGCCAACUGUGUGGCCCUCGGUGUAUCUAAACCCUUCCCAGAGGAGGACUCCAAUUCCACCAACCACAACCUGAAACCUCAGCAGCUGGGCAGAGCCCAACUGAGUGAUCCGGGUCACAGCACUAAUGAACAAGUUGAGUACAUCUUCCUAGUUAUCUUUACCAUUGAGACCUUCACUAAGAUCCUGGCCUAUGGCUUGGUUAUGCACCCCAGCGCCUACAUCCGCAGUGGCUGGAAUUUGCUUGAUUUUGUCAUCGUCGUCGUCGGGUUGUUCAGUGUGGUUGCUGAGGGGACGGCUGACCACAAGCCUGGAGAUUCCCACCAUGCAGCAGGCAAACCAGGAGGACUGGAUGUCAAAGCUCUUAGAGCCUUUAGGGUGCUGCGACCCCUUAGGCUGGUGUCUGGAGUGCCCAGUCUCCAGAUUGUCUUGAACUCCAUCAUGAAAGCCAUGGUUCCUCUGUUGCACAUUGGUCUGCUGGUCAUGUUUGUCAUCAUCAUCUAUGCCAUCAUCGGCCUGGAGCUCUUCCUCGGCAGGAUGCACAAAACCUGUUUCUACGUGGGCACAGAACUGAAUGUGGAUGAUGACCCCACACCGUGUGCAUUUGCUGGAAAUGGGAGGGAAUGUGUGGGCAACGGGACAGAGUGCAGAGGACCGUGGGAGGGGCCUAACGGUGGGAUCACCAACUUCGACAACAUAUUUUUUGCCAUGUUGACUGUGUUCCAGUGUAUCACCAUGGAGGGCUGGACCGAUGUGCUCUACUGGAUGAAUGAUGCAAUUGGCUUUGAGAUGCCCUGGGUCUACUUUGUCUCUUUGGUCAUCUUUGGCUCGUUUUUCGUACUCAACCUUGUAUUGGGAGUGUUGAGCGGAGAGUUCUCCAAGGAAAGAGAGAAGGCUGUGGCUCGUGGAGAGCUGCAGGACGCCCAGAAUAAGAAGCAGAUGGAGGAGGAUAUGUGUGGUUACAUGGACUGGCUCAUCGAGGCCGAGGAUGUGGAUGAGGAAGGAAACAAACGUGCUGCUGUUGCCAAGAAGAAAAUGAUGAAGAAGUUUGGCUGGUAUAAACACAGCGAGGACGGAGAAUCGGAUUCAGACUCUGAAUUUGGAGCAUAUUUAGAUGACGACAAUGGCUGCUGCGCAUCUCUAAUGGCUAAAAUGAUGGCCAACAGUUUCUGUGACCAGCUAUGCCAACUGAACCAUGCCUUUCGGAAAAACUGUCGUGUAGCAGUCAAAUCCCAGAACUUCUAUUGGCUGGUGCUUCUUCUGGUGUUUCUCAACACAGCAGCCAGCGCCUCUGAACACUACGGCCAGCCCAAGUGGCUCACCGAGAUGCAGGAGCGGGCCAAUAAGAUCCUCUUGAUGUUGUUCACGCUGGAGAUGCUGUUGAAGAUGUACAGUUUCGGUUUCCAGAUCCACUUCUUGGCUCUGUUUAACCGCUUCGACUGCUUUGUGGUGUGUGGUGGCAUCCUGGAGACGGUUCUGGUUGAGUUGCAGAUCAUCCCUCCCAUCGGCAUCUCUGUGUUGCGCUGUGUCCGCCUGCUCAGGGUGUUCAAAGUGACACGGCACUGGGCAGCCCUGUCAAACCUGGUCAAUUCACUGCUCAACUCCAUGAAGGCUAUCUGCUCUCUACUGCUCCUGCUCUUCCUCUUUCUAAUCAUCUUCUCCCUGCUGGGUAUGCAGCUGUUUGGGGGCAAAUUCAACUUUGAUGAGACUCAGAUGAAGAGGAGCACGUUUGACACUUUCCCCCAGGCCCUGCUCACCUGCUUCCAGAUCCUUACAGGAGAGGACUGGAAUGCAGUGAUGUAUGAUGGGAUCAUGGCUUAUGGCGGGCCAGUCUUCCCACAGAUGAUCGUGUGCAUCUACUUUGUCUCCCUCUUUGUUGUCGGUAACUAUAUCCUGCUCAAUGUCUUCUUGGCUAUCGCUGUGGACAAUUUGGCAGGAGAUGGUGGAAAAAAGAAAGUAGAAGAGAAAAAGGAGGAGGAAGAGGACUGGGACGAUGACGAAGACAAAGAGGAAGAUGCAGCGAAUGAGAUGGAUGACUGGGAGGAGAAUGAGGAGUUGAGAGCCAUUGAGGGUCUGGAGGGAAUUAUGCCUGUGAAGCCUGAAUUUUCAGCUCCAAAAGAGAAGAUUGAACCCAUUCCAGAUGGUAGCUCCUUCUUCAUUCUUGGAAAGAGAAACUGCCUCCGAGUGGCCUGUCACAACCUCAUCCACCACUCCUACUUCACCAACCUCAUCCUUGUCUUCAUCAUCGCCAGUAGCAUUUCUCUGGCUGCUGAGGAUCCAAUCAGAGCUCACUCCUUUAGGAACAACAUGCUUGGCUAUGCUGACUAUGCAUUCACCUCCAUAUUCACUGUGGAAAUUAUAUUGAAGGUGACAGUUUUCGGUGCGUUCCUUCAUCCUGGAUCGUUCUGUAGGAAUGCCUUUAAUCUUCUGGACCUACUGGUUGUCAGUGUGUCGCUCGCGUCCUUCUUCCUCCAUUCCAGCGCUAUCUCUGUGGUCAAGAUUUUCAGGGUACUCAAAGUGCUCAGGCCUCUUCGAGCAAUCAACAGAGCCAAAGGACUCAAGAAUGUAGUGCAGUGCGUGUUUGUGGCAAUCAAAACAAUCGGAAACAUCUUGAUCGUCACAACGCUCCUCCAGUUCAUGUUUGCCUGUAUUGGAGUGCAGCUCUUCAAGGGAAGAUUCUACAGUUGCACUGAUGAAGCUAAACACACUCCAUAUGAGUGCAUGGGGACGUUUGUGGUGUAUAAGGACGGUGAUAUGAAUCACCCUAUGGUGAGAGAGAGGAAAUGGCAAAACGGUGAAUUCAACUUUGACAAUGUGCUGCAGGGCAUGCUGGCCCUGUUCACUGUGUCUACAUUUGAAGGCUGGCCGCAGCUACUGUACAAGGCCAUCGACGCCAAUGCAGCGAACCAUGGCCCUAUUUACAACUACCGUGUGGAAAUCUCCAUAUUCUUCAUCAUCUACAUCAUCAUCAUCGCCUUCUUCAUGAUGAACAUCUUCGUGGGCUUCGUCAUCAUCACGUUCCGUGAACAGGGAGAAUCUGAGUUCAAAAACUGUGAACUGAACAAAAAUCAAAGACAAUGUGUACAGUACGCUCUGAAAGCCAAGCCCAUCAAGAUCUACAUUCCCAGAAACCCAUCCCAGCUAAAGUUCUGGAAAAUCAUCGCCUCCAGCCAGUUUGAAUACAUCAUGUUUGUCUUAAUUCUUCUCAACACCCUCACCUUGGCUGUGCAGCAUUAUGAGCAGUCUAAAACAUUCAACUCUGUGAUGGACAUCCUCAACUUGAUCUUCACAGCCCUAUUUACCAUAGAGAUGGUCAUCAAGCUACUGGCUCUCAGAACACAUCAAUAUUUCAUUGAUGCUUGGAACACCUUUGAUGCUCUGAUAGUUGUGGGCAGUGUGCUAGACAUCAUGGUCUCAGAGCUUAGUGGUGGAGAUGAGGAUGGAGAAGCCAUUGAGGCCGCAGCCAAAGCCGCAGCUGUAGCUGUACCUGGAGCUCCGCCCGGGGCCAAGAAGGAAAGCGGAAAAGUAUCCAUCACAUUCUUCCGUUUGUUCCGAGUCUUGCGAUUGGUCAAGCUGCUCAGCAAAGGGGAGGGCAUUCGAACCCUCCUCUGGACUUUUGUCAAGUCCCUCCAGGCCUUGCCAUAUGUCGGUCUCCUUAUUGCUAUGAUCUUCUUCAUCUACGCUGUGAUCGGCAUGCAGACAUUUGGAAAGAUUGCUAUAGAUGACAACUCGCAUAUCAACAGGAACAACAACUUUCAGACCUUCUUCAUGUCUGUCCUACUGCUCUUCAGGUGUGCAACCGGAGAGCAGUGGCAGGAGAUCAUGUUGGCAGCGUUGCCAGGGAGACGCUGUGACCCCGAGUCAGACUUUGAGCCCGGGGAGGAGAGCAUGUGCGGCAGCAACCUGGCCUACAUCUACUUCAUCAGCUUCUUCAUGCUCUGCGCUUUCCUGAUCAUUAACUUGUUCAUUGCUGUCAUCAUGGACAACUUUGAGUACCUGACCAGGGAUUGGACCGUACUGGGUACUCAUCACCUGGAUGAGUUCAAACGAGUCUGGUCGGAUUAUGACCCAGAGGCCACGGGUCGAAUCAAACAUAUCGAUGUGGUUACUAUGCUGCGCAGGAUCCAGCCACCCCUUGGUUUUGGCAAACUGUGCCCCCAUCGUGUGGCCUGCAAGAGGCUGGUUGCUAUGAACGUGCCGCUGCACAGCGAUGGGACAGUCACCUUCAACGCUACCCUGUUUGCACUGGUCAGAACCUCACUCAAGAUCAAGACUGAUGGGCCUGUUGACCAGGACAACGAGGAGCUCAGGGCCAUCAUUAAGAAGAUAUGGAAGCGCACUAAACCCAAGCUCCUUGAAGAGGUCAUUCCACCCCCUAGAGGGGAAGAGGUCACUUGUGGGAAGUUCUAUGCCAGCUUCUUGAUCCAGGACUACUUUAAGAAGUUCCGCAAGAGGAAGGAGCGGGAGAGGAAAAAGAAGGGAAAGGACAAGAAAGACUCUCUCCAGGCAGGGCUACGGUCACUGCAGGCACUUGCCCCAGAGUUGCAUCUGGCCUUGGCAAUGGAGGGAGAGGAGGAGGAGGGUAUGGAGGGAGAGUUGGACGAAGAGUUUUUCAAAAAUGAAAAUGUUUUUGAAGACCCAGUCACCUCUGCCACCAAUACUUCAUCCACCACUCCCAUACCAGGUGACAUGGAGGAGUCCACCACCAUCGUUUUCAUGGAGCCCUUCGUCGAGCCCACUAUAUUCAGCGACGUGGUCACAGAACAGCCAUUAACAGCCAGUGAGAGAUCAGAAUCAGCUCUGUCAUCCUUUGAUGUGGUGGUUGAACAGCCAACGAGAUCUGAGGCCCUCCUUCCUCCAGAAGAAGCACCAGCCCCAUCCCCGCCCCACCCAGCCGCAUCACCACUAAAAGAUCCAUCCCCUCCCCAACCAGCACCGAACCCAUCCCCACCACAGGCCCCAUCCCCUCCCCAACCAGCACCAGCCCCACCCCCACCACAGGCCCCAUCCCCUCCCCAACCAGCACCAGCCCCACCCCCACCACAGGCCCCAUCCCCUCCCCAACCAGCACCAGCCCCACCCCCACCACAGGCCCCAUCCCCUCCGCAACCAGCACCAGCCCCACCCCAACCAGCACCAGCACCAGCCCCACCCCCACCACAGAUUGCUUCUCCGCCACAAAUGUUUGCCCAAUCCCAACCUCAAAUAGUGAUAGCCCCACCAGAACCAGAGGCAGCUCAAAUAGUGUUAGAGGCAGCCGCUGCCCCACCUCAACCAGAGCUAGUGAUAGAGGGAAGAGGAGGUGAAACUUAUGCUGCACAGCAGGUGUACUACCAACAGUACCCAGUGGGCAUGCUAACAAACAACGGGUAUGCAUAUCAAGAGCAACCUGCAGCAUCCCAUAUCCCACCAGAGUACAUGCAGAGUCAUGCUCCUAACUUCACCAAUGGGAGUGUUGCAGGAGUACCCUACGGAAAUGGAAAUGGCAUGAAUGGGAAUGGCUAUAAUGGCGCUAUGAAUGGUAUGAAUGGAGGUAGCAUGAGCGGCUACACCGGUAAUGGUUACAUAGCAAACGGCUACAAUGGAAACGGCUACAAUGGCAACGGCUACAAUGGAAAUGGAUUGGAGCCGUAUGUCCGGAGACGUGUUCUUCCUCCCACUCCUGCAGGUCGUAAGCCGCCCUCCUUUAACAUCCAGUGUCUGCGGGCACAGCACAGCGCGGGUGACAUCCCCAUCCCUGGCACAUAUGAGAGUAACUCACCCCCAUGCAGAUCCAGACUGACCCUUGACUCCCGCCGCAGCAGUGUCUCCUCCAUAUCCUCGGCCUCCUGGGCCAACAAUGGAGGAGGACCUACAGGGUCAAUGCCAGGAGCAGGGGUGUCAGCAACAUCAGCAGCAGCCGCAAAGAGAGGGCGUCUGCUCUACGCCCCUCUGAUGCUGGUGGAUGAGGCCGGGGGCACCCAGCAGCUGUGGGGAGACAGGACCCAGGCCACCUCCAGCCUCCCUGCUAUUGCAACUAGGCCCAGUGGCUGGUACCCUGGAGCCCCAACACUCCCCAUGCACACGCCACAGAACAGGAGCUACACCAAUGGCAGAGUGCCCUCCCAGAUCAGCCAAAGACUCAUAGAGAAAGGCAGUGCAAACAGCCUGGUGGAGUCGAUCCUGAUAUCAGAAGGCUUGGGCCUCUAUGCAAGAGACCCAAAGUUUGUGAACUUCGCCAAGCGGGAGAUCGCUGAUGCAUGUAACAUGACCAUUGAUGAGAUGGAAAACGCAGCCACAGAUCUGCUGACCCGUUCUACUGGACAGCCAAUAGGACGCUUCGAGGAGGAGCUGGCAGAUGAGAUGAACUGUGUGAUUUCCUACUGAGAGUGAGGAAACAGAGAGAGAUGGAGGGAGGUAGGGAGAGUAGGAGGGCAAUGAGAUAGAGCCUUACCUCUCCAUCAACAUGGGGGGGGUAAGAAUGAUGUCGCAAGCUAUUGGUCUUAGGAAAUGGUCUAUAUCUCUUUGAUCAUGCUAUUUUUCUUUUCCAGAUCUUCUCAGUUAAUUUGGCUUUGUUGAAAGCAUCAGUGUGUCUUGAACAAUAGUCUGAAAGAACCAUUGUGAAUUAGACAGCAUAUACAGUACAGAGCCCAACUAUUUAGGUAUGGCCUCAAUACUCUUUACACAUUAUUCUAAUGUAAGAGUGUACUGUACUAAAGCCUGCCGAACAUGAUUGCAAUUCGUAUUCUACUAUGAAGUAGUUUAUCGCUAUUUUCAAAAGCGGCAUUUUUGGAUUGUAUUUCCAUUUUUGGUACUGUUCUAGAAUUACUGUCACUUAUACACCCAAAUCAUACAAUAACCCUGCUAGGGUCAUAAAAACAUGUUAAAAGCUGGCAAAAAUUAAAAAAGAAAUACAGUACCUGUCUAUAGUUCAAGUGAGUUCCACUUGUAACCAUAGAUAAUGAAAAUGGGUUUAUGUGUGUCAUGUCAGUUGCCCAGUGAAGCAUUAGCAUAACAUUAACAGUAGACUUUUGAACCAUGUCAUGUCAAAUGAACCUUUCUAGUGCAGGGGUUCCGCUAACACCUCGACAACAUUCCGCUGAAGUGGCAGCUCACGAAAUUAAAAAAUAUUUUUUUGAAAUAUGUAACUUUCACACAUGAACAAGUCCAAUACAGCAAAUUAAAGAUAAACAUCUUGUUAAUCUACCCAUCAUGUCCGAUUUAAAAAAUGCUUUACAGCUAAAGCACAACAUAUGAUUGUUAGAUCACCACCAAGUCGAAAAAACACAGCCAUUUUUCCAGCCAAAGAUAGGAGUCACAAAAAGCAAAAAUAUAGAUAAAAUGAAUCACUAACCUUUGAUGAUCUUCAUCAGAUGACACUCAUAGGACAUCAUGUUACACAAUACAUGUAUGUUUUGUUCGAUAAUGUGCAUAUUUAUGUCCAAAAAUCUCAGUUUACAUUGGCGCCUUACGUGCAGUAAUGUUUUGAUUCCAAAAUAUCCGGUGAUUUUGCAGAAAUACUCAUAAUAAACAUUGAUAAAAGAUACAAGUGUUAUUCACAAAAUUAAAGAUAGACUUCUUAAUGCAACCGUUUUUUCAGAUUUAAAAAAACUUUACGGAAAAAGCAUAAUCUGAGAACAGCGCUCAGGACCCAAAACAGCCAGAGGAAUAUCCGCCAUUUUGGAAUCAACAAAGAUAGAAACAACACCAUAAAUAUUCACUUACCUUUGAUGAUUUUCAUCAGAAGGAUUUUUCUCAGAUUUUCGCCUGCCAUAUGAGUUCUGUUAUACUCACAGACAUCAUUCAAACAGUUUUAGAAACUUCAGUGUUUUCUAUCCAAUACUCAUAAUAAUAUGCAUAUAUUAGCAUCUGGGACAGAGUAGGAUCGGCAGGGUAGCCUAGUGGUUAGAGCGUUGGACUAAUAACCGGAAGAUUGCAAGUUCAAACCCCCGAGCUGCCAAGGUACAAAUCUGUCAUUCUGCCCCUGAACAGGCAGUUAACCCACUGUUCCUAGGCCGUCAUUGAAAAUAAAAAUUUGUUCUUAACUGACUUAACUGGUUAAAUAAAGGUAAAAAAAAUAAAAAUAAAUAAAAGAUGCAGUUCACUCUGGGCAUGCUAUUCAUCCAAAAGUGAAAAUGCUGCCCCCUAUCCCAAAAAGUUUAAAUCAACAGAAACCCCAAGAAGAUUCUCAUGACAGUCAUGUUAAUGGUUUCUCUCUAGGUUUCUUCCUAGGUUCCUGCCUUUCUAGGGAGUUUUUCCUAGCCAAUGUGCUUCUCCAUCUGCAUUGCUUGCUGUUUGGGGUUUUAGGCUGAGUUUCUGUACAGCACUUGGUGACAACUGCUGAUGUUAAAGGGGCUUUAUAAAAUACAUUUGAUUGAUUGAUUUAUCUCCCUCAGUGAGAAACUUUGAAAUAGUAUUUAUGUACGUUAACAGGAACGCAACUUGUAAAUGUAAUAAUAACAAUUGUUAGAUUUAUUUUAUUGUGACUGCUAACACUUUGAACUGUCAGGUAUUUGUGUGUACAGUAAUAAAGUGUAAUGUACUUUUUCUCAAAGUUGUCAUGUAGCUAGUUCAUUUAGUAGCAGUAACAAUAAGGCCGGAAUUUAAUAAUGCAAAUACUGGAGACAUGGGCUUUUCAUAAAGAACUGGCAUAACUCUACAUAAUUAUAGAGGGUGUAACAUUUCAUGAUUUUAAGGAACAUCAUAAAAUAAACACAUGAAUUGCAUAAUGACUCAUUAGUGCCUUAACAGAUGGAGAACAUCUGUGUUUCCUUGGCCCACUCAGUUCCACAUUUAGAAACUCCUAUUUAAUUACCAUGACAACACUUGGCUUAGUGGCUGAUUUUCAGGUGUUUUUGUUUUCAGCAAAGAAGAUAAAUAAAGAUGUAUAUGACUGGCCAUAUUUGACUGAGAAACAUGGUAAUGGUUAAAAAGCAUAAAUCUUUUGUCAAAUUAACCUCCAAGGGGACGGUUGAGCUAACAUGCGCUAAUGUGAUUAGCAUGACGAACAUUUCCCAGGACAUAGACAUGUCUUAUAUGGGCAUAAAGCUGAACAAUAAUUUAAUCUAACUGCACUGUCCAAUUUACUGUAGCAAUUACAGUAAAAAAAUACCAUGCUAUUGUUUGAGGAAAGUGCACAACAAAAAACUUAUCACGGCACUUGGUUUGAUAGAUUCACCUCUGAAGGUUAAUAAUGUAUUUACAUUCAUUGCUCUGAUUUGUCAUCCUGAGGGUCCUAGAGAUCAAAUGUAGCAUAGUUUUGUUUAAUAAAAUCCAUUUUUAUA